UAGAAAAGAUGUUUUCCCUGAAGAUCUUUUGCCUGGUCCUGAGUGUGGUGGGCACAGUCUGGACCGUAGAUGACCAGCCAAGUGAAUUUAUAGCUGAAGGAGGAGGUGUGCGUGGCCCGAGAGUCCUGGGACACCAGCACUCUCACUGCAGAGAGACAGACUGGCCCUUCUGCGCUGAUGAAGAUUGGAACUACAAAUGCCCUUCCGGCUGCAGGAUGAAAGGGUUAAUAGAUGAAGUCAAUCAAGAUUUUACAAACAGAAUUAAUAAGCUCAAAAAUUCACUAUUUGAGUAUCAGAAGAACAAUAAGGACUCUAAUUCAUUGACAGCGAAUAUAAUGGAACUUGUGAGAGGGGAUUUUGCCACAAGUAACAACAAUGAUAAUACAUUUAGCCAAGUGUCAGAAGAUCUGAGAAGCAGAAUUGUGAUCCUGAAGCGCAAGGUCCUAGAACAAGUACAGCAUAUCCAACUUCUGCAGAAAAAUGUCCGGGAUCAGCUGAUAGAUAUGAAGCGACUGGAGGUCGACAUUGAUAUUAAGAUCCGAUCUUGCCAAGGGUCAUGCAGUAGGGCUUUAGAACGUAGGACAGAUCUAAAGUACUAUGAAGAUCAGCAGAAGCAACUUGAACAAGUUAUUGCCAGAAACUUACUUCCCUCUAGAGAUACACAGUACUUACCAGAGCUAAAAAUGGGCACAGCUCCAGGAACGGUUCCUGGGGAGUACAAGCAGCAGCUUCAGAAGGCCCCUGCAGAGUGGAAGGCACUUAUGGAAAUGCCACAGAUGCAAAUAAAGUUUGAGAGGCCUGGUACAGAGGGGAAUGCCCCCGGAGACUCUGUAUCUCAUGGAACAGGAUCAGUGCCUGAAAGCCCUAGGAACCCUGGGAGCUCUGGACCUGGAAGCUCUGGACCUGGAAGCUCGGGCGCUUGGAACCCAGGGAGCUCUGGACCUGGAAGCUCUGGACCUGGAAGCUCGGGCGCUUGGAAUCCCGGGAGCUCUGGACCUGGAAGCUCGGGCGCUUGGAACCCUGGGAGCUCUGGACCUGGAAGCUCUGGACCUGGAAGCUCAGGCGCUUGGAACCCGGGGAGCUCUGGACCUGGAAGCUCUGGACCUGGAAGCUCGGGCGCUUGGAACACGGGGAGCUCCGGACCUGGCAGUGCCGGCUCCUGGAACCCUGGCAGCUCUGGAGCUAGCAGUAUGGGUACUUGGAACACUGAGAGUACAGGUGCCUGGAGCUCUGGAAGUUCUCAGCCUGGAGGUUUUAGGCCAGAGAGCUCAGGGCAUAGGGACACCAGGCCUACCAAGCAUGAGUGGGGCACAUUUGAAGAAGUGUCAGGAAGUGUAUCUCCAGGGACAAAGAAAGAGUACCACACGGGUAAACUGGUCACUUCUAAAGGAGAAAAAGAGCUUCUUAUUGGUAAUGAGAAGGUCACCUCUGGUGGCACGACCACCUCCACUCGUCAUUCAUGCUCUAAAACGAUCACUAAGACAGUUAUAGGUUCUGAUGGUCGCAAAGAAGUGACCAAAGAAGUGGUGAACUCCGAAGAUGGCUCUGAGUGUGACUUGUCCCAUUCUUUUUCUGGUAGCCUAGAUGAUCUCCAUUCUAGACACCCUGAUUUGUCUAGUUUCUUUGACUCUGCCUCGACUGGAAGCAAAUUCUCAAGUUUACUCACGCCUACGUUAAGAGAGUUUGAUCGUAAGACCCAGUCUAUGGGCUCAGAAUCUGACAUAUUCACACACUUAGGGGAACAUGAGCUUCCUUCCAGUGGUAAAACUUCAGCCCACAGCAAGCAAUUGGUAACCAGCAGUAAGAUUUACAGCAGAGGAGACUCCGCAUUUGAAAGCAAGAGCUUUAAAGUGGCAGGUGAGGCUGGAAGUGAAGCAGAACAUGAAGUCUUCAGAGAAGCAUAUGCCACCAAAAGCCAUGGCAAAGCUCGCCCUGCCAGAGACUGUGAUGAUGUCCUCCAAACACAUCCUUCAGGUGCCCAAAGUGGUAUUUUCAAUAUCAAGCCACCGGGAUCCAGUAAGAUUUUUUCUGUUUAUUGUGAUCAAGAGACCAGUUUGGGAGGAUGGCUUUUGAUCCAGCAAAGAAUGGAUGGAUCACUGAAUUUUAACCGGACGUGGCAAGACUACAAGAGAGGUUUCGGCAGUCUGGAUGACAAGGGGGAAGGAGAAUUCUGGCUAGGCAAUGAAUACCUCCACUUACUGACCCUGAGGGGCUCUGUCCUUCGGGUUGAAUUAGAGGACUGGGCUGGGAAUCUGGCUUAUGCAGAGUAUCACUUGAGGGUAGGCUCUGAGGCCGAAGGCUAUGCCCUGCAGGUCUCCUCCUACGAGGGCACAGCGGGCGAUGCUCUGAUUGAGGGUUCCGUAGAGGAAGGAACAGAGUAUACUACUCAUGCUGGCAUGCAGUUCAGCACCUAUGACAGGGAUGCAGACCUGUGGGAAGAGAACUGCGCAGAAGUCUACGGAGGAGGUUGGUGGUACAACAGCUGCCAAGCAGCCAAUCUCAAUGGCAUCUACUACCCCGGAGGCUCCUAUGACCCCAGGGACAACAGUCCUUAUGAGAUUGAGAAUGGUGUGGUCUGGGUUCCCUUCAGAGGUGCAGACUAUUCCCUCAGGGCUGUUCGCAUGAAAAUCCGGCCCCUGGUCACCCAACAGGAGGGGAAGUGAGAGUCAUCUGUUUUCUGUGUUUAGUGAAAGGGAGAAAGAAUCAGAACAAUAAAGGAGUCAAGAUUUUUUACAAUCUGUUAAAAAAUUCACAGGUGCUAUUUUAUUAUUCUGUGUACUGUAUCUAAAUGUAACUGAGACAUAUCACUGCUUUUAAAAAUAAAGUUAUGUGAGUUUUUUUAUCUUUAAA